UUUACCGACCAUGUUCAAGUUGCUAGUGCUGUGCGCGUUCGUUGCCGGUGGUGCGAUGGCCAUCGGCACCGUGUCGGAGACGCGUCCCAACGCCCGUAUCAGCGGUGGUGAGCUGACCGAUCCACGAGCCGUUCCGUUCAUCGUCGGCAUACUCAUAUCCGGCUCGUCUUCCCAUUCGUUCUGUGCUGGUAUUUUGAUUUCUCCCCGUCACGUUCUCACCACCGCAAGCUGUGUGUCCAACCGACCGACGCUAACCGUACUACUCGGUGCAUCGGAUAUGACCCGCAUCCAGCAGUUCAUCGGUGUCGCGAACAUACUAAUCCAUCCCAACUACAGCUCGCUGUUCAACCGGGACGAUCUGGCCAUCCUGACGAUGGACCGUGACACACCGCUGAACGAGUACAUCCAGAUAGCGAACCUUCCCCGCUGGUCCCACAUGGGCAACACGUUCAACGGCUUCGGCACGACGAUCAGCGGCUGGGGCAAUACGGGCAACCGGGACAAUGAGCCAAUCCCGACGCCAAACCUGCAGUCCAUCCGGACGCCCGUCAUCAGCAACACGGUGUGCGGCAUUUCGCACAACUUUAUCCGGGAUGAUCAUAUCUGUACCUCGGGCGACAUCGGAGGUCCUUGCAAUGGUGAUGACGGAGGCCCGGUAACGAUAACGGAGGCAGGCCAACCGAUCGUUAUCGGUAUGCAUUCGUUCCACUACAGCGGACUGUUCGGGUGCGAUCGUGGCCGGUCCGCCGUUCAUGUGCGUCUCAGCAGCUAUCUGAGCUGGAUUGAAGCCAACUCGGACGCGGUAAUCAGGCCGUGAUUGGGGUGGAUUUAAGACCCCCCCCAAAACUCGACGAUACUGUGGCCUCGACUUGUCUACGUGGGGGGUGGGAAGAGCGCACGACCUACGUACGUCAUUGGCAAGGCUUAAUCCUUUAUCUUAUCCGGUGCGAGGGUGGUAAUAAAUCGAAUGAAAAUAGCAAAUAAUUUGCGCA